GGAGGACCCCGAGCCGAAGCUGCGGGGGUGGGAGCCGCAAGCCCAGCCCCUGGGGGCUGUUGUUGCGCUCGGGCUCCCUGAAACCCACGGAAAGAUUCCCUAUACAAGACUCGGGGCUGGUUUUACCUCGAUCCCCAAACGCAGCAGAGCCUUGGGCAUGGUGAGAUGCUGCUGAUUUGGAAUUGUCCUUUGGAAAACAGUGGUGGAGAGGUAGAUUUGGCUUUGGGGAGAUUAAAUAGCUGUUGAAACCACUGGAGGGAAGGAAAUCCAUCCUGCCUGGUUCUGGGGAAGGGGCCUCUCCUGGCCAUGUCUCCUGUAGCUGCUGCUGAGCCAGAUGGGGUCCAGCGAGAUAGGCGUGUCAGCAAGUUCAUUUUCUUCCUUUUUGUCUUUGGUGGCAUCCUGUUGUGUGUGGGAGUCCUGCUCUCCAUCUUUGGGUUCCAGGCAUGCCAGUACAAAAUCUUCCCAGACUGCAGCAUGGCGCUGAAGGUCGCUGGGCCUGCCUGUGCCGCGGUUGGGCUUGGGGCUGUGAUCCUGGCCCGCUCGCGGGCACGACUUCAGCUCCGUGAGGGACGCCUGCGGGGCAGCCAGGCGGACCCCGACCAAGCCUUCAUCUGUGGAGAGAGCCGCCAGUUUGCCCAGUGCCUCAUCUUCGGGUUUCUGUUCUUGACAAGUGGCAUGCUCAUCAGCAUUCUGGGCAUUUGGGUCCCCGGCUGUGGUCCAGACUGGGCGCAGGAACCCCUGAAUGAGACAGACACUGCCGACAUGGAGCCCCAGAUCUGUGGAUAUCUGUCCCUGCAGAUCAUGGGGCCCUUGAUUGUACUCAUGGGACUGUGUUUCUUUGUGGUUGCCCACGUUAAGAGAAACAACUUGAAUGAGGGCCAGGAUGCCUCCGAAAGUGAAGACAGACAGACGCAGAGCAUGGAGCCUGUCCAUGUCACUGUAGGUGAUGCCGUGAUAAUAUUCCCACCCCCACCACCACCUUACUUUCCUGAGUCUUCAGCUUCUACAGUGACUCCGAGUCCUGGGGCUAAUGGUUUGCUUCCAAAUGAAAAUCCACCUUCAUAUUACAGUAUUUUUACCUAUGGUAGGACGCCAACUCCUGAGGGCCAAGGCGCGGCCUCCGAGAGAGAUCGUGAAUCUGUAUACACCAUUUCUGGGACUGCUUUGUCCUCUGAGAUCUCAAUCACUCCGCAUCUCUCCUCUGAACUGCCUCCCAGAUACGAAGAAAAAGAAAUGGCAACCACAACCUCGUCUCCAUCUUCUGAGCCUUCCCCACCGUGAACUGUGGACUCCAGUUCCAUUUUCUAUAAAAUUGAUCACUAUUUUAUUUAAUUUGUUUUUUAAUAAAAAAAAAAUACAAUGGCA